GAAAUUUUUAAAAUGUUUUAUUUGAGAAUUUUGAAAUUUUUAACUAUUAUUGGUUUUAUUAAUUGUGGUAAAAUUAAAUUGGGUGAAAUUAAGACUGGACAUGGAAGUACAAAACAUAUUUCUUUUCCAUUUACCGUUGAAGGUAGAUACAAAUUUCCUAUUAUAACUACCACAAGGGAACAAUAUUGUAGUGGUAAUACAAUUUUAAGAAGAACAAAACGACAAAAUAAUAACGGCACUGGAGGACUUAAUUCCAUUGAAGAAUAUGCAAAUUAUAUUGAAAACGACGAUAAUAAAUUUAAUACAAUGACUUUUUCCAACUCAGAUUUUGCUCUAAGGUCGGUAUCGACAUAUGAAGUUUCAGCAGAUGCUAAUCAUGCAAGCCCCAUUGGUUUAACAGCUUCUAUGAGAGCUGAAAUACAUUAUACUCAUAUGGCUGUUAGAAGAGAUCCUAUAAUUACUUCAAAUGUACGUGAACAUUUGCGACAAAUGGACAGAGAAAAUGACGAUGAAGCAGGUCACCUUUUAGCAUCCUCUUUAGGUGGUCCAGGUGUAUCAUAUAAUUUUGUUCCCCAAAGCUCUAUGGUGAAUCGGGCGGUUAACGUAGCUGGAGUUGUAAUACCUCAACCUGGUUGGUAUGAAGUAGAGGCAAUGCUUCGAGAUUACCUUACAGAGGUGAACGGAAGUGGUCACAUACAAUGGACUCUGGUAGUGCUAUAUUCUCUAUUGCCGAAUUCGCGAAGACCAACUGACUUUUUGUUAUCGAUACGAUUUUACGAUAAUCAUCAUAAUUUGGUCAAUUGGAGAAGGGAAGGAGCUGUUCGCGGCUAUCAUUUCCGCAAUGUCCCUGGAGCAGCAUGUGCUAACGCUAAUCAUCCUUGGUGGAGCCAUUAAAAAUUUCAUAAUAA